AUGAAAGAUCACUUGUGCUCACAUAUUGUAGGAAUUGCUCCUUCUCGGGCUUGGAACAAGGCAAAUGAUAGAAUUGCGCAAUGGAAUCGACCGCCGAACGAAGCGGGACUUGCUUGGAAUACUUACCAAGCACUCUGUCGACGCAGCAAAGUUUUCAUUAAGGAUGUCAGUGUAACCCUCCCAAUUGUAAACUUUGAAAAUGUUAUUAUUGACAUCGCAACAGGGUCGGAAUAG